UGAAAACUGAGAUAGUGAGGAAUAAGCGACGAGAGGGCAGACCAUGGAGGGAGAAAGCCUUAUGUAUUAGCUACUCUGCUGCUUUGGGACACUUUUCCUACUUUCGUUUCUUCCAGCACAAAUCAGCGUGUCUCAAUGCGACGUUAUCCGACGUGUAUUUUAUCGGUCAGGAAAAACGUCGUAAAUCUCCCGAGCGUUCUAAACAGUGGAACAGCAGUCAAACAGUUAGCACAACUAAACUAAAGUUAGCCUGGUCCGGCUAACUUAGCCUGUUUCGGCUAGCGAUAAAGAACAAAAAAAAAAACGACUUGUGGAAAAAGAGAGUUGCGGCUGAAAAAAGUGACGCUGCGGCGUAAAGUAACUAGUAAUGUCGCCUCCCGGGAUUAACUUCACAUACGGAUGAGAAGAUAAUUGGCGGCGGGUGAACAGUGAGUACAACGGCGAGCCAGACGACCGCUGCUAUGUUGGGGUUGACUCACGGCUCUGGCAGCCCGUCUGAGUCCCGAGGUUGGCCACACUCGGUGCUCUGGAGGCUCGGAGGCUUCUUCUUCCUCUUGCUGCUGGAAGGCGCCGGCUGCCUCGCCAACCCGAGCAGCCCCUCGGGGGUCAACAACAACAACAACAACAACCACCCCAGUGUCAACAUAUACAUGAGUGUGGAGGAGGUGAAGAAGCUUUUGGGCCUUGAUGCCGAGCUCUACUAUGUAAGGGAUGACAUGGUGAAUCACUAUGCGCUCUCCUUCAACAUGCCUGUUCCAACUGAGACCAACGGGCUUUACUUCAUGUGGUAUUCGAAGUCCAAGGUGGACUACCGGCUUGCGUUCUAUGUGGAGAACCCUGUUGCCUUAAACCCACCGUCGAGCAAUAUCUCCAGUCAGGGGGAGGUACCCCGUGUUCCCUCAGUCUUCAGAGUGGAAGUGGUCUGUUCGGGCAAGGUCGAUGAAGAGGCAUUUUUAACAAUGCAGCUCAAUCUGACAGACUAUGCCAACAACUACACAGUGCUCAACUUCAAAAGGAGGAAAAUGUGCUAUAGAAGAAUAGAUUCUGACCCAAAGAUUGCUAUUCCCCACAACAAUAACACAUUUCAUACAAGUGAGAUUAAUGGUGUUCCCGCGCCCACAACCUCCACCCAGGUGUUCUACAUAAGUGUGAGCGUUUGCUGCAUUGUCAUUUUUCUUGUGGCCAUCAUCCUUGCCAUUCUACACCUGCACAGCAUGAAGAGAGUGGAGAUGGAGGACAGUGUGAGUGACAGUGGUAGCUCACAGGGCCUGUCUCAGCCAUCCACCCAGACCACACAGUACCUGAGAGCUGACACUCCAAACAACGCCGCUCCUGUUACGAACAAUCACCCCGGCUCUGCACCCAUACUCCAGCUUGCUGCCUCCUCCUUCCAAAACCCUGGUGCUCCCCCUCAUGAAACCAAAAGUUACCCAUCUCUCCGUAUAGAGAAAAAUGACCUGAGGAGUGUGACCUUAAUGGAGGCUAAAGCUAAAGUGAAAGACAUUGCAAUUUCAAGGGAAAGAGUCACAUUGAGAGAUGUCUUACAAGAAGGCACAUUUGGCCGUAUCUUCCAUGGCGUGCUGCUGGAUGAAAAGGACCCUAGUAAGGAAAAGCAAGUCUUCGCAAAGACGGUAAAAGAUCAUGCGUCUGAGGUGCAGGUGACCAUGAUGCUGACUGAAAGCUGCAAACUCAGGGGACUCCACCACAGAAAUCUGUUGCCCAUAAGUCACGUGUGCACAGAGGAAGGUGAGAACCCGAUGGUACUGCUGCCUUUCAUGGCCUGGGGGAAUCUCAAGCUCUUCCUCCGGCAGUGCAAGCUAGCCGAGGCUAACAACCCUCAGGCUAUCUCUCAACAAGACUUGGUGUACAUGGCCAUCCAGAUUGCGUGUGGCAUGAGCUACCUGGCUCGUAGGGAGGUCAUACACAAAGACCUUGCUGCAAGGAACUGCGUCAUUGAUGACAACAUGCAGGUGAAAAUUACAGACAAUGCCCUCGCCAGAGAUCUAUUUCCAAUGGAUUACCAUUGCCUGGGGGAUAAUGAGAACCGUCCUGUCCGCUGGAUGGCUCUGGAAAGCUUGCUCAAUAACGACUUUUCCAGCGCAAGUGACGUGUGGGCAUUCGGAGUGACACUCUGGGAACUCAUGACUUUGGGUCAGACUCCCUACGUGGACAUCGACCCCUUUGAGAUGUCUGCUUACCUGAAAGAUGGCUACAGAAUAGCACAACCUAUUAACUGUCCAGAUGAGCUCUUUGCAGUGAUGGCUUGUUGCUGGGCCCUGGACCCCGAGGAGAGACCCAAGUUUCAGCAGCUUGUUCAGUGCUUGACAGAAUUUCAUGCUGCACUGGGUGCCUACGUGUAAAAAAAACAAAGAAAGAAAAAAGAAAAGAAAAGAAAAUCUUUGUAUUUCAUCUGCUUUUUUGAAAAUGACACUCAAGGCUGUUGGACACUACUCACAUGGAACACCCGUAUGAAAUUAUGCCUUAUCAAGAGCAGACUUUAGCACGACAACUUUGUUUUGUACAGUUUUUUUUUGUGGAGUUUUAUUUUUUAUUUACCUUUUUACAGCAUAGCAAAGUAAAAGGAUAUUUUUCGUUAUUGUUUCAUUUGCUUAUAAAGCACUCGCUCCUCUCUCUGAGAGGGCCUGAACAUUGGAAGUAUGCCAUCAACUUUUACAGACAUUUACCUGCCAUUGAUCAAUUUAAGAGUUUGGAAAUUUCAGUAUUUUCUACAGUUUUGUAACAUAAGGACGCAAUGGAAAUUGUAGAUGUUUUUUUCUUCUUUUAUGCAAUUGAUACAGAAAAUUAUUGUGGGCACCUAACUAGACUCAAAGGUUCCAUUUGCUCGGUUUGUGUCCUCUCAGAGGUGUUGCUUCGCUCUGCAAUGAAGAGCUCAAGCGAGGUACGAGAGGUAGAAUGGAAACCAGACUUGUGUGCGAGGUGACACUUCUGAGACCCCCUCACAUGGUACACCAUCUCCCCUGGAUCUGAGGAGACUACUGGCUGGUUUUAAAUCAAAGAUUGAACAUCAGCAAGGAAAUAUAACAAUAAAUCCGAACCAGAUUUGGAGUGAUGCCUGGGUCAUUCUACACCCCUUUCCUUCUUGGUCAGAACCUCCUCCAAGAGUGUCUUUUUUUUCUUUUAACAAACUUGAUUGUUCUGCGUCAGAACACAGCCCAUUAUGGGACUUUCCGACCAGUUUUAGUAACUAGAACACUAAUGCUCACUGUGAAAAUGCACAGCUUUGUACCGGCUUGGUUUGAUCGUGUUCUUUACACCAUUUAACAUCUCUGUGAUGUGUUUUUUUUUUUAUAUAUAUAUAUGGUCACUGCAUAUUGAAAUAUGGUUGUAAACUGCUUCCCGAAUUCAUAUCCACAAAUUAAAUGGAAUUUUCUAUUAUGGUGUUCUGAAUGAUUGUUUUUUUAGAAAUAUUUUUUAAAUGGAUUUCUCUUCUUCCACUGAAGCCACUUUGGCUUUCAGCAUGUUCUCAUUUCUAAGGAUAAACGGCUAAACCUGAGUAAAAUUAGGUUGAAAUGUUUCCACACGGUUCUGUCCAGCAGAGCUUAAAAGAAGACAUUUGUUUCAAAACAUUUCCAGGUCGUCAGUUAUGCAUGCUUUAAAAAAAAAAAAAUCUAU